AUGUCUAUGUCCAAAUAUAACUACCGAAUGCACAUCGAGUACAAAUUCAGAAAAAAUGACCUAGUUGGAAAUUUGACAUUCGCCAAGAGAUUUGGAGAGGGCACUGUUGUUCCACUUGUUCUUGACUGGUCAAUUAGCGACGGGAGAUGCCCGCCGGUGCCGCAGGGUGUUGACAAGGCAAAUAUUGAUCCCUACGGCGCAUGUGUUAGCACCCAGAGCUACUGCGUUAAUGCUAGCAACAGCGCGACGGGCUAUUUCUGCAACUGCUUAGAGGGAUACACCGGCAAUCCAUACAUAAAAAAUGGAUGCAAGAAUAUUAAUGAGUGCUUAAAUAAGAACAUGUAUCCUUGUCAUGGAGGGAGAUGCCACGAUUUAGAAGGUGAUUACGAGUGUAAAUGCAAUUUUGGACGACGGGACGACGGUAACAAGGGGUGUGAACCCUUAUUGUCCAAGGCUGCAGUAGCAGUUAUAGGAACAAUCAUUGGCAUUGCAUUACUCGCGUUGCUACUCAUAUUCUUACUCAUGGAGCGAGAGAAAAGAAAGCUGAGAGAUAGGUUCAACAAGAACGGCGGACAACUAGUCAAAAGCAUCAAGAUCGAAAUCUUCACCAAGGCAAAGAUCAGAUACAUGACAAACAACUUCACUUCUAUCAUUGGCCAAGGCUUUUUUGGGACAGUCUACAAGGGAACCACCGGCUCCGGUGAGAACGCAGGUGUUGCCGUGAAGAAGUCCACCACUAUCAAGGAUGACCGGCACAAGGAGUCCUUCGUGAACGAGAUCAAGAUCCAGUCCCAGAUCAGCCACCGGAACCUGGUCCAGCUUAUAGGUUGCUGCCUGGAGACAGACGUUCCUAUGUUAGUGUACGAGUUCGUUCCCAGGGGAAGCCUCUAUGACGUGCUCCAUGUCAAGAACGACCCUCUACCCCUCGAGACACGCCUCAACAUUGCCAUCUACUCUGCGGUUGCCCUCGCAUACAUGCACGCGGAGGCAAGCCAGAGUAUGGCCAUCGUUCAUGGCGAUGUGAAGUCAGCUAACAUUCUCCUCGACGACAGGUUUGUGCCAAAGGUGUCAGACUUUGGCACGUCGAGGCUCCUGUCCAUGGACAAGGACCACCACACCAACUGGGUGAUCGCGGACAGGCACUACAUUGACCCCGUGUACAUGAAAACCGGGCUGCUCACCACGAAGAGCGAUGUGUAUAGCUUCAGUAUCAUCCUGCUGGAGCUCGUCACCCGGAAGAAGGCGAUUUACAAUGGAAAUCAAAGCCUUCCCAUGGAAUAUAUCAAGGCUUCCGUGGAAGGGUCAGCGAGGCAGAUGUUUGAUAAAGACAUUGUGGCAAAUAGGGAGGAGCAUAUGGAGUGCCUCGAGGAGGUUGGCAAGAUCGCGCUGCAGUGUCUCGAUGAGAACGACGUAAAUGACAGGCCCACCAUGGGUGAAGUCGUGGACAGACUUAAAGCGUGUAAGAGCCAGUGGUUGGAAUGUCAUUGA